AUGAAGUCCAUCACUACGCUCUCGGCGGCCGCCGCCAUUCUCUCCGGUACCGCCGAGGCCUUCUGGCGCAUGGAGUGCCACUCGCGCUCUGGUCUCGCGCGUAUCGAUCCCAUUGUUACCCCAGGCAAGAUCUCUAGCCACGCGCACGCUAUUCAUGGAGGAGGCAACUUCGGUUUGAGCUCGAGCUACGAAGAUCUCAGGGCUUCGGAAUGCACAUCGUGCCUAGCCACAGACGACAAGUCGGCCUACUGGACGCCGGCGCUGAUGUUCCAGCAUGACAACGGCACAACACAGGUCGUUAGGCAGGUCGGUGGUAUGCUUGCAUACUACCUCCUCUUCUCGAAUGAGGGGGAGAAGAUUGAGACCUUCCCGGAAGGUUUCCGCAUGCUCACUGGUGACAUGAACCUACGAAACUUCACUGGUCCCGUGCCGGACCCAGAGAAGUCUCUCUGGACAGACGACGACAAGACUCAGAUUCUUCUUGGCCAGAAGGCCAUCGGCAUGAACUGCUUGAACUACAAGAAAGACCCUGAACCGUCCAUGUACCGACAUUUCCUGCCCGACAAGCAGUACCUCGACGACAACUGCGUUGAUGGUGUCCGUGCUGAGAUCUUCUUCCCUUCGUGCUGGAACGGCGAAUUGGACUCGGACAACCACAAGUCCCACGUCGCCUUCCCUGACCUCGUCAACGGCGGCACGUGCCCUGAGGGUUUCGAAAAGCGCAUCCCAUCGCUCUUCUUCGAGACCAUCUGGCAAACAUACGAUUUCAAGGGAAUGCCCGGUACUUUCAUGUUCGCCAACGGCGACCCCACAGGCUACGGCUACCACGGUGAUUUCAUGAACGGUUGGUCAACUGACAUUCUCGGCAACGCCAUCCAGCAGUGCACCAAUCCCUCUGGUCAAUUGUCCGACUGCCCCGUCUUCGAGCUUCAGACCGAAGAAGAAGGCUCCAAGUGCAGCUUCAAGAUGCCCGAGGAGCUCGAUGCAGACAACUGCGAGGGUCCUGCCCCUGGUCUCUGCGGUAACGUGCCUAUUCAGUUCGGCCCUGAAUACGCCACUGGCCUCCUGAAGCCGGGAGAGACCGGCUCUGCCACCGCUGCCCCUACUACCAUCGCCACCGAGGAUAUCUCUGCCGUGCCCACGCUCUCUUACACCACCGCCAAGAGCGCUGUCACCGACGAAUUUGGCGGCGGUAUCUCUGUCGCUUUGGACGGCCAGGAGUCACUCGGCGCCGAUGCCCCUGAGCCUGCGCCUGCUACUCCUACACCCGAGGCUCCUGCUCCUGUCGCCUCUUCUGCCGCUGAGGCUCCUGCUCCUGAGACGCCCGUCUCCCAGGAAGCACCUGCUCCCACGUCGCCCCCGGCCGACGCACCGGCUCCGCCAGCGGGUAACAUCGUCUCGACGUCCGUAUACACGAGCGCCGGCACGGUCUACGAGGUCGCCAUCCAGCAGGUCGAGGUUACCGUUACUGUCAGCGGCCCCGCCCCCGGUGAGCAGACGCUCGCCGUCGAGCAGCCAUCUCCUGCCAUCCUUCCGCGCGCACCUGUGCAUCGCAGGCACUCGCACCACAUGCACCGUCGUGACCGUGAGCACGGUCUGCUUGGGCGCCACGUCUAA